UCACAGGUGUUUCACUUCAACAGACAACGGAGCAACAAAGCAGGAGAGUCUUUUUUGAGAUCUGAAAGCCUUUUCUAAGCGUUCUCACUUUUAUCUCCAGACAAAAAGUCAACAUGUCGAUGGGUUUGGAGAUCAUGGGCAUUGCCUUUGGGUUCCUUGGAUUUAUUACAGCAGUAAUUGCAUGUGCUCUGCCUAUGUGGAAGGUGACGGCCUUCAUCGGCGCCAACAUCAUCACUGCCCAGGUCAUCUGGGAGGGUCUGUGGAUGAACUGUGUCACCCAGAGCACAGGGCAAAUGCAGUGCAAGGUGUAUGACUCGAUGCUGGCUUUACCUCAGGACCUGCAGGCUGCCAGAGCCAUGAUCAUCAUCGCUAUUAUACUUAGCAUUCUGGGAGUCCUGAUCUCCAUCGUCGGAGCCAAGUGCACCAACUGCAUCGAUGACGAAGCAGCCAAAGCCAAGGUGAUGAUCAUCUCUGGGAUCUUCUUCAUCCUUGCUGGCGUUUUGGUUCUCAUCCCUGUCUGCUGGUCCGCUCACACCAUCAUUCAGGAUUUCUACAAUCCAUUGCUGAUCAAUGCUCAGAAAAGGGAGCUAGGAGCAUCACUCUACAUCGGCUGGGCAUCAGCUGCCCUGUUGCUGAUCGGAGGGGCCAUGCUGUGCAGCCGCUGCCCACCGAAAGAGGAGAAGUACAAGCCGCCACGACUGGCCUACUCUGCCCCACGCAGCGUCAGCGCAGGUGGAGCGUAUGACAAACGAGACUAUGUUUGAAUGGCUCUGAGGUGACGAAGAAAUUUAAACGUCGAGCAAAUGUCUGCUGAAAAUGUGAUUCUCUGAAUGUUUUGUGUGUUGCUGUCUGAUACCAAAGGGUGAACCCCUCUAAAAGACUCCGAGAUGAAGACUUUGGACAAAUACUAAUCUUUAUGCUUUGCUUUUGGCUGACAUGUUCAUUUACAGCCUGUUUCAUUAGGAAAUCUCUAUUUCAAGAAAAUGACUGUUUUAUUUUAUACCUAACUUUGUUUUCAAGGUGUUCAUCAUCAUAACGACUUAUGCAAUACCACCAUAACCUUCUGCUUUUUGCUUGUGUAUGUUUUGGUCGGCUGCACGGUGUCGUGUUUCACUGAAACUCUGUAAAACGUGUCACGUCAUUGACGAUGACAAGGAAGAGCCAGCUCUCCUUUUACAUAGAUUUGUUUGCUUGAUUGUUCAGUGUGUGUCUGUGUGUGCUUUGCAUGUAAUAUUUGCUUAAGAGGGUUUCAGCUGUGACUGAAACUAAAGGUGGAUCACUAAUAUUGUCUCAGGAGACUGUUUCAUCAUCUUCUUCACAGUUUCACUCUUUGAAAGAGUCAGAAAUUGUGUUUUUUUGUUUGUUUUGCCAAUGCUUUAAGUUAGACAUCUGUUUUAGAGUUUAGAUUUUUGUAUGUGUUUUUAAUGAAUUUGAAAAUGUUUGAAUAUUCUCCAUGCUUGCGAUUGUCUUUUUAAACUUCCAUGUGUUGUAGUACAGUAACGUGUAUUCUGUGCCUUUAUUCAGUUUUUAAUAUAUUUUUUAAAUCUUCAAUAUGGUCCUUCAUUUGUCAAACAAAAACCCAACAGACAUCUUUAAUUUGUUUGUGUCACACCCUGUGGGGGAUGGUGACUGGAGUUGUCGUGUUUUCCCAGUUUGCUCCUUAAAAAUUUAUGUUGGAUGCUUUUAGUAAUUGUCAGCUGGAAUAUUGUUUCUGAUGGUGUAAAACGAAAUUAAAUAUGUGUCAGAUAUUUCAAUAAAAGUCUUCCUGCUGAAGAGAAAAUGUUCAACCGUUUUUACGAGAAC